AUGCAGCAGGCGGGCGGGGAGAUGGGCACGGGCGACAAGGAAAAUCAUUCUUCUGAGCCAUACAAAAACGUCUGGAAAACUCCUCUGAAACAAGCAGCUACCUCACACUCGGUGUUGACAGAGAUACAGCCAGACUGUCAGCCUCUAACCACUCCCACAAAACCUAAGGAAGGCCUUCCAGCAGAUCCAUGGACACCCACAUCAAACCUGAAAAUGCUGAUCAGUGCAGCCAGCCCCGAGAUUAGGAGCAGAGAACAGAGAAGGGAACUGUCAAACACCACAACUGAGGUCCUACAGGCAAAACACUGUUUGCAGGAGCACUUAUUGGGAGAGGAAUAUGAAAAAUCUCAGCCGAGCCGCAAAGAGAAAAGUCUGGGAUUACUGUGCCACAAGUUCUUAGCUCGAUAUCCUGACUACCCCAGCUCUGCAGACAAUAAUUACAUUUCCCUUGAUGAAGUAGCUGAAGAGCUCAAGGUUGAACGUCGCCGCAUCUACGACAUCGUGAACGUGCUGGAGAGCCUGCACAUGGUGAGCCGCCUGGCCAAGAACAGAUACGCCUGGCACGGGAGACACAACCUCCCCAAAACCCUGCAGGCUCUCAAAAAGGUUGGAGAAAACAACAAAUACACGCAGCAAAUUCAGCUGAUCAAGAGAAGAGAGCAUGAGCAUGAAUUUGAUCUUGACAGUGAAAGAAAGGAAGGGAUGGCAAAAUCUUUCGGCUCCAAUAAGGAUUCAGAAAUGUCUUUUGUGGAGCUCCCAGGAAUGGAAUUUCGUGCUGCCUCAGUAAACAGCAGGAAGGACAAGUCUUUACGAGUGAUGAGCCAGAAAUUUGUGAUGCUGUUUCUUGUAUCAACUCCUCAAAUAGUGAGCCUUGACAUCGCUGCUAAAAUCUUGAUUGGGGAAGAGCAGUUAGAAGACUUAGAUAAAAGCAAGUUCAAAACCAAAAUUAGGAGACUUUAUGACAUAGCAAAUGUUCUCAGUAGCCUUCAGCUUAUUAAGAAAGUUCACCUUACAGAGGAGAGAGGCAGAAAACCAGCAUUCAAAUGGACAGGACCAGAGGUCUUGCCAAACACUCAGGAUACAAAACUUGAAACAACUUCUACAACCUGUUCCCAAGCCAUUUCAGAAUGCAUCCCUUCCAAAGAGCAGUGUUCAAAGAACCUUUUUCCUUCCAGAGGAAAGCAGAACUUCACUCGGCAUCCUUCUCUAAUAAAGUUAGUGAAAACCAUAGAGAACGACAGGAGAAAGGUUCAGUCUGCUCCCACCAGUCCAGUUAAAAGAAGUGCAAGUACUGAUCAGAAUUUAUCAGCUUUCCCAAGUAAAAUGGCUCAGGUCCCAGCAAUUGCUAAACAUCAACUGGAAGGACAAUCAAAGAAAGAAAAAGAGAACAAAAUGAAAUUGUCAAGACCAGCUUUGGAAUGUCAUCCCUCCUUGCCUGAGGUAGUCCCCAGGCCAGAACCUCCUAGCAGCACAGCCCCCUGUCAGCAGGCAGCUCUCACACAGCCACUGGGUGUUUGUCCCCCAGGUCACACCUCAGUCUCACCAGUAAUUCUACCUCAUCCUCAUCCUGGUGUUUCAUAUGCAAUAUAUCUGCAGCCUUCCCAAGCCCACACUGUGACAAGGUACAGCCCAAGUGUCAUGUUGCAGCCUCUACCAUGUGCUAAUGUCACUGGAAUUAAGAGUGUUAAUUCCAAAGUAUUAAAUCAAAUCACCACUGAGGAAGGGGACAAUCAGAUAGCUACAGAUGAUCCAAAAUCCUUGACAGCUAAAGAAAGGCUACUUACAAAAUCAGAAACUUCACCACAGAGGUACCUUAAAAGAUCACAGGCAGUACAAGAAAUUAAUUCAAUUAAAAGGUGCAGAAGAGAUGAAGAAAGCCUGGAUACUAAUCUGGGAGAAUCCAGUCCCAAUGAAAGUUCACCUUCCAAUAGCUCACAAAUGAAUCAUGAAAUGGACAAUUCCCAGGAAGAGAAACAGAACAAACCUGAAACAUUAGAUCAAAACAAGGCAACUUGCUAUGACCAGUGUAAAAGAGAAGACAAUCCAGAAGAGGAGGCCAAAAUCAAAACUAAACAAGACAUACCUGUAGCAUUUGCCAUUCCUACCCACGAGACAUUCUUUCCAUCUGGCUAUCUGAUUCCUCUCACUCAGUGCAGCCAUGGCAGCAAGGCAGGCUUUGCUGACAAAGAGAAAGCUGAGGUGUGCCCAGUUCAGCACACUGCCUACAGCUCACCCAUCACUGGUGUCAUUCCAGUGACAGGAUCUGAACUGAAAGCAGUUAACAUUCCUGCUUUUCAUAUAACCCCCUUGAACAUCAUGCUGUCACCAACUUCUAUAGCUGCUGCACCUGUACUGGGCAACUCCUGUCUCAGUUCAAGCAAUGCCAGUUCUGCCCAAAUCCCAAGUUCUUCAGUGCUGAACUUUACACUGCAACACAUAGGACUAAUACCUGCUGGUGUGCAAGUUCCUGCAAACCCUUUUGUUCAGCAUGUGCCAGCCUCUUCACAAGCAGAAAACAUUACCCACAGCUCAGAGAACACGAGCUUGCAAGAAGAGAAGCCUCCUGUUCCAAAGGAAGCCCAAGAGCCCCAGACAGUCACAGAAAACUUUUUCCGCACACCAGGAGGGCCAAACACAGAACCUCCACGGUCUGCAAAAUCAGAUGGCACUGCUGGAAUCUCUCCAGGCACUCUGUAUAUUCCUCAACGAAAACUUGAAGUCUCAGAAGACUAA